CCGUUUUAAAUGAUAAUUUCAGUCUUCCCAGUAGCUCAUUAAAUAUGCAUAAACAUUUCGACCAAUCAAAUCCCUCACUCAUCGGUGAACAAGUCAAGGUGAUCGCUGCGAAAUGCGUCGGUUAAAGCCCGUCUUCCUUGAUGUGAAGAAUAUUAGGCGCGAUGGAAAGAAAACCACUGUAUCGAUCCCGCUGAGAGUGGAUCUUGGGAAGCAGCCUCAUAAGAGUACGGAGGAAAAUAGUCAGGACACCAACAGUCCAGUAGAACAAGAUGUCCCUCUUGAGGAUGUCGACAAGCAGGAACUCUCAACUCAACAGCAAAAUCGUGUUUUGAGUAUCUCUGCUAACUGGGAAAAGGAUGGGGUAUUUUCUCCUUUGUAUGUAGAUGAGGCAACUGUUAGCUAUGGCCAUACGUGCAGAACCGCAACAGUAAAGCUGUUCAGACUUCUGGAUCCCUCAGGUGAGCUCAAUUUACAGUAUCCUUAA